AAUAAGUUAGUCAAUAAUUAAUCCAAACUUGGUUUGAGUUUGGAUUUAGGUGUCAAAGUUCUCUCGCAUCGAACUUGCCUAAUGCGCAGAUUGCCUCUCCUAUAUGAUUUGCGAGUUAUUUUGAAUUCCUUUCUCGUGAAAAAAAUAAAAAAUAAGAAGAGGGCAUUUAGAAUGUUAAAUAAUGGAAUUCAUAUUUGGAAUUGUGAAUUUUCAUUGGUGUUGCAGGUCAAAUUUCACAUACAAGUUCAAGCUGGAAAUUCAAGAAAGGUGGUUGCUGUUAUAGCAAUCAAAAGAUUGGAACCCACUUGGAUCAUUCUAGAUAGGGAAAUGAAGAAAGAGAAGAGGUACUUCAUGGAGAAGCUAUCAUGUGGAAUAUCAAAAUUGAAAAGUGACAACUCCAUAGAAGAAGUGAGAGGACCAUUAAAGUUAAUGGAGAACACUAAGGUCUCCCUUACUCGAAAUACAUUUUCGUAUGAUGAAAUGAUACCAGGAGAGGAUGAUGUAUCAGAAGAACGUCCUUCUUCGCAGCUAAACUCGAAAGCUGUUACUCGAACGAGAACCUCAUGCAAAGAACAGGCAAGUAGUAUACCAGGAAAGCUCUAUUCAGAUUUUUGUGAGAACAAAGUAAAAAGAUCUUCUUCAACUGAAUUAGUAGAUCCAAGCUCAAGCUCCUCUUUCCAUAAUUUGAAAACAAAAACUGGAAACUCACCAUCCCACGUUUCCGAUGAACAUAUCAAGGACAAUGAUCAAUAUUUGUAUGGAGUGAUAUACGAGAAGUCUGAAUGUUCCUUUUGUGGGAACAGAAGACCGAAAAUGAGAUUGCAUAAGGAGUUCAGUCAUAAGGAGCUUGAAGAAGCAACAAAAGGAUUUGCCAAUGAGAAUUUUCUAUCAGAAGGCGGAUUUGGUUCUGUUUAUAAAGGGUAUUUAAAGAAUGGACUAAGAGUUGCUGUCAAGCAGCAUAACGAUAUGAGCCUUCAAGGCGAUAAAGAAUUCAAGUCCGAAGUUGAGGUUCUAAGCAAGGUUAGGCAUCCAAAUUUAGUCAUGUUGUUAGGGUCUUGCUCUGAAGGUAGCCAAAAGUUGCUUGUCUAUGAGUAUGUUUGCUAUGGUUCUCUCGACAAAUUCUUAUCAGGGGAUAUAAGAAUGUGUCUCAAUUGGGAGAAGAGGCUAAAAAUAGCUUUGGGUGCUGCCAGAGGCUUAGAAUAUCUUCAUAAACACAACAUCAUUCACCGAGAUAUUAGACCUAACAAUAUCCUCAUCACACAUGAUCAUGAAUCACUGUUAGGAGACUUUGGACUGGCAAAAGCGGCGUAUGAUGAAUCACAACAUUCUUCUGGUAACAACGUGGUUGGUACUUUUGGAUAUAUGGCACCAGAAUAUGCAGCAAGUGGGAAGUUCUCGACUAAAACAGAUGUUUAUGCUUUUGGAGUUGUGCUGCUGCAGCUUAUCACUGGACUCAAGAACACAGACAACUGUCUUGAAGAUAAAAGUCUUGUUGAAUGGGCAAUGCCUCUUCUGGAGCAAAAGAAUUAUCCACGUCUAAUUGAUAAAAGUAUUGUCGAUUCCCAUGAUUUCCAUCAGCUAUUUUGGAUGGUUGAGUUGGCAGCAAAAUGUCUCGAAAAGGAUCCUGAUAAGAGGAAUACCAUGGAAUGGGUGGUUAAGAUCUUGAGUGAUAUAAUGGAAGGAAAUGCUGAUACUUGUAUAGACUUCAACCCGAAAAGCAAUGAUGAAGAUGAUAAAAUUGUUGGAUCUUCUUCAUUUUCGACAGACAGAACAUGUUCAGCAAAAAGAUGGAGUCCUUCAUCAUCCAAUAGUACUCAUGAAGAAUGUGAAAGUAGGAAGAUUCCUCUCAAACACAAAGGGGCAACUCCAAACAAAAGCAAACUACUUUAUAAAGAGAUGAUUCAUUGAGUAGUUCGUUUCCAGGAUUUAAAUUCAAUUUAUAAAGUUGUCUAUCAGAAACAACCUCUCUACGUCUACAGGUAGGAGUAAUGUACAUAUAUAAGUGACCUAUGUUGUUUGUUGAGUUCAAUCUAUAAGGUUCUUAACAGUGGACUCGUUCUGUUACUAAAAUUAUGGGUUAUUUGUUGCAUUUUGAGUAAAUUUCUACGUAUAAAUUUAUAUUUCGUGUUAAAA